AUGAUCCGGGACUGUCUGCAUUUCCUCAUAGAGCCGGCCAAAAAGAUGAAAAUCCGGCUUAAGGAAUCUCGCAAGAAAGUGAAGCUGGAAAAGAGUGAGCCGCUGUUGGAGAGUCAGCUUUUUAUUAUGGAGCUGGCCAGAGAGCUCAACAAGAUCUGCCAGAGGUCGGGUGUGCUCAGCCACAUCUGGACAGGGGAGGACGUGUGGCUGCCCAGUGUGUGUCGGGACUUCAUGGUGGACUGGGCGUCUGAGCUGGAGAAGCACGUCCAGCCCAAGAGCAGAGCGGACUACGAGCGUCCAGAGAAGAGGGACUGGAGGGAGCAGCUGCUGUGCAUGUUGGAGUCUGGGGGAGAGGGGGACAUGGGGGCUCACCGGCGCCUCCUGCUGGACUGGAGCAGACAGAUUAGGAGCAGGCCUGAGUUCUCGGUGUGGCCUGGAGAGCCGGUGCUGAUGAUGCUGGACGACCUGGAGUUCCAGUGGAAGAGAGGACGGCUGCCCACGCUCCAACCCGCCAUGGAGCUGGUCAUCCUGGCUGUGGUCAACGGACACUCCCCCCUCAAGGAGGACAUUCCAAAGCAGUGGCUGUUGAGGACCCAGAGCAAACACUCAGUGGAUGGACUUCGUUAUGUGCCGCAUGGAGUGUGGAACUGGAUCUGUGAGUGCGCAGAGGAGGUGGUCCUGGACCCAGACUCUGCACAUCCAGACCUGCUCCUGUCGGAGGACCAAAAGAGGAUGCGCUGUGUCCCGGAGCGAGGGCAGAGGGAGGUGUCCUGCUGCCCCCAGCGCUUCACAGGCUGGUGGUGUGCGGCGGCUCAGGAGGGCUUCUCCUCUGGGACUCACUACUGGGAGGUGGAGGUGGGAGACAGGGACUGGCGUGUGGGCGUGGCCUGUGAGUCUGCGGUGAGGCGGGGCUACCGGGCUCUGAACACACACUCAGGUUUCCUGACUCUGCGCCUGGAGAGGGGCGCGGAGCUCAAAGCUCUCACUGUGCCCCCCACGGCCCUGUCCCGCAGCCUGGCCCCCCGCAUCCUGGGCCUGUUCCUGGACUACGACCAGGGCCAGCUGUCCUUCUACGACGUGGAGAAGCGCUCGCACCUGUACACCUUCAACCACAGCUUCACAGAGAAGGUUUUCCCCGUGUUUGGGACCGUGGAGGUGCUCAGGGACCUGGUGAUCCGUCCUGCACACGUGCGGCAGCCGUGCCUAUGUCCGGGGGCCUGUCUAUGGACCUGA